AUGAAGUCUCAACUAAGCUCUUCUGUGUUCCUCUUGGUUCUAACUCUUACCUUUUCUGUUUCAAUGGCAUCAUUAUCCUCCCUUAAUGGUUCAAAAGAUUUCAUAAGUUGCAUACAAUCUAACUCAACCAACGUCACCUCCAUUUCUCAACACAUUUUCACCCCUAUCAAUGCUUCUUUCCUACCCGUUUGGCAAGUCGCUGUCCAAAACAUUAGGCUCCUUAAACCCUCCACUCCUAAGCCCUCUGUCAUCGUGACACCUGUGGAAGUAACACUAAUCCAAACUACUCUAUUCUGCGCCAAGAAAUAUGGCUAUGAGAUCAGGAUCAGAAGUGGGGGACAUGACUUCGAGGGCCUCUCCUACACUUCUGAUGUUCCAUUUGUAAUGAUUGAUUUCACCAACAUGAGGAGGAUGGAAGAGUACUCAGAGACAGCAAUUCCAUAUCCUCAUAGAGCCGAAGUUGAUCUGGAAUAUUUCUUUAACCACCCACAAAGUAUCCCAGUCUUCUAA